AUGUAUCUACCCCAGUCUGUCCAUUAUCUAUCUAUCUAUCUAUCUAUCUAUCUAUCUAUCUCAGGACUCGCGGUAGCUGGUCUGCUUUGCACUCUUCCUCUUCCACUGCCAUCAGGAUCCACCGACCAACAUCCUCAUCAUCUUCUUCUUCUUCCUUUCUUUUUCACCCUGCCUUUCCCCACUAUUUCUGAUCAGGGCCAUUCUUCUUCUGUUUCUUGCCGCCAUAUCCCCAGAACGCUUUCUUUUCUCUUUACCUUCACAUUUUCUUUUCGACCCAAACCUCUCAUAAGGCAAAUCCACCCCACGCACCCUACUCAGCCUGGCGCACACAGUUUUCCUACUUCUGAGACCACCAUUUUCAUUCUGCAUCCCUUGACCCCAUCGAGCCUACCUAAUGUUUUCUUUCGACUCUUUCCCGCCUCUAUUUCUCUCUUCCCGACAUGCACCUUUCCUUCUUUACAUCUUUCUUUCUUUCUUUCUUUCUUUCUUUCUUUCUUACAUGUCUUCCCUACUCAGACAUUCUCUUCAAAUUACUUAUAUGCCAAAUUAUUGUAUCUAUCUAUCUAUCUAUCUAUCUAUCUAUCUAUCUAUCUAUCUAUUUUGAUUUGUUCCUUCAUCUAUCUAUCUAAUCAGGAUGAGUGA